GCAGCAGGCCGUUGCCUGACAGAGCAGUCUGGAGAGGAGUAGCGUUGUUUUCGGGGCCUAUACUUCCGUCUUUUUAGAUAUCACGGGAUAAAACACGGUGGAGGUUUUUUUUCGCAUGUGUAUCUGUGUGGUGUAAACUCUAGUAAUACACCACUCGGGAUUCAGCUGGGAAAAUAAACCAGUGCUUUGCUGGAGCUGGGGGACUUGUUUUACACCGAAGCCUGCCCGGAGCUCGCCCUGAAUAAGCAGACGUCAGACCUCGCUGCUGUAGCUGUUAACAUUUUAUCGCAAUCUAACCGCAGCAUUGUUUGAGGGAUUACACUACGGAUACGCGCACUAUGUAGCGGAGUGAAAGACAUGCUGGUGGUAGCUGUUAGACGUUUAUCGGCUUUUUAGUUUUAAACACCGUGCCUUGGCGGAAAGGAGAGGAUUUCGUUUUAUUUAAGGUCAAUUGACGAUGAAUGAGCAGGAGAGUGGGGUGGUCUCCUUUGAUGAGUAUGUGCGGCAGAAGGCCCGCACUGUGCCUCAGCACAGGAUGAAGGAGUUCCUGGAGUCCCUCGCCAAGGGCCCAGAGGUGCUGCAGGAGUUCAGCCAGCAGGGAGGGGCGGCCACCACCACAGCCAUGGUGUACCAGCAGCAGGGUGCCAACUGUAUCUACACAGACAGCACUGAGGUGGCUGGCUCUCUCUUAGAGCUGGCUUGCCCGGUACAGGUGACCUCGGCAGACAUUUCACCUCAUCUGUCUGUUCAACAAGAGUCUGAACAGCAGCUUCAAGUGCAGGUUCAGAUUCAGGAACAGCAAGGCCACGCAGUCGGCCAGGUUCUUCAGGUGGCCUCCCCCUCUCAGCAGGACCUGCAGGCAAUCUCGGCAGGCCAGCUUGUGCAGCAGGGAGAGCUCACAGAGGAGCAGCAGCAGCAGAUUCAGGCGCAGUUGGUUGCAGCUGUAGCCGGCGGCCAACAGAUCCAGUUGUCAAGUGGCCAACAAAUUCAAUUUCAAGGAAUGCAGCAUAUUCAGCUGCCAGGGGGGCAACAGAUUCAACUUCAGGCUGGCCAACAGAUUCAACUACAGGGUGGCCAGCAAAUUCAACUACAGGGUGGCCAGCAAAUUCAUCUACAGAGUGGCCAACAGAUUCAACUACAGGGUGGACAGCAGAUUCAACUACAGGGUGGCCAACAGAUUCAAUUACAGAGUGGCCAACAGAUCCAGAUUCAGACCAUAGAGGCCAUGUCUUCUUCGCAGCAACAGGACUCUCUCAGGGAGGCAGAGAGGCGGUCCGACACUGUCUCAACUGUUCUCCAACCUGCCAAGAAGCGUAAGGUGGAUGUCCCUCUAGCUGUGUCGUAUGCCGUACCACAGGGCCAGCAGGUGGCCACAGUGCUAGCCAUCCCUCAAGGGCAGCAGCAAAGCUAUGUGUCCUUACGACCAGAUUUGCUCACUGUCGACAGCGCUCAACUGUACAGCACUACAGGAACAAUCACAGGUCCCACAGGUGAGACCUGGACCAUCCCUGUGUACUCCACUCCACAGCAGCAGGGUGUAACUCACAUCGCCAUACCACAGGAGACAUACAGCACAGUGCAGGUUACCACCACCAACGGUAAGGACAGAAUGUCCCCCAGUUCCUCAUCAAGGUCUUCAGAUGUGCAGUCGGCCCCCACUGGCACACAGGAAGAAAUAGUACAGCACCUGUUCCCAGCGCAGUUCAUGAACGGGAACAUUCACAUCCCUGUGGCAGUGCAGACUGUAGGAGGGACUUACAACACUACACAAUCAGUACACAUAUGGGACCCAAAUCAACAACAGAGCCAAGUCGAGGAGGGACAAGAACAGCAGCUCCAUCUGCAGAGUCACAUAGAGACGGAGGCUCAUGCCGAGCCGCCUACAGAGAUUCUGGUUCCUGUCUGUCUAAAGCCAGAGGAAGGCCUGGAGGUCUGGCGCCUUUGGGUGAAGCGAAAAAAUGAGGAGCUGAACAAGCAGGAAAAGACUAAGCUUGCACCCAUAGGACGUCGUCAGCCCCUGCGCUUUCAAGAAGACUUGGUGUCCAGUGCAGUAGCCGAGCUAAACUUGGGUCUUUCCCUGAUGACGCAGGAGGCACGCGGAUCAGACAACGAACAAUUUUCAUCCGAUGUUCUGUAUUAUGUUUUUUUAUGUAUACAAAAGUAUCUCUGCGAAAAUGGACGCGUGGAUGAUAUUUUCUCUGAUCCAUAUUACACACGUUUCUGUGGGUGUUUACACAAAAUCCUGGAUGGUUGGAAUCCCACUAUCCAUCCUUUAGGGUAUGUCAUUCCAAGUCAUGUGACGGAGGAGAUGCUGUGGGAGUGCAAACAGCUUGGUGCACAUUCACCAGCCACGUUACUCACAACCCUAAUGUAUUUCAACACUAAGCAUUUCCACUUGACGACACCCGAACAGCACAUGAAGGUAGCUUUCUCCAAAGUCCUAAGACACACAAGGAAGAACCCCGCUAAUGCCAAGGACAAAGCAACCAGUAUUCGCCUUCUCAAAGGACAAGGUCCACACAGCGCAGGACAGAAAGGAACUGACGAAAUGUAUGAAGAGCAGGCCGAGGAUCCUGAGAAUCCUCUUCGCUGUCCCAUUAAACUGUAUGACUUUUAUCUCUUCAAAUGCCCUCAAAGCGUUAAGGGACGAAACGAUGCGUUCUACAUGACCCCAGAGCCCGUCGUUGCACCCAACAGCCCGAUGUGGUACUCAUCUCAGCCCCUCACGAGUCAGCAAGUGGAGCACAUGCUGGCCCGCAUCAUCGUGGUCCGAGAGAUCCAAGAGAUCAUCAGCGCUGGUCAAGACUGAGAGGACUGACUGGAUUCAUAGGACCUAGUUCUCCAGUUGCUGACUGUUGACUAUGCAGUAUCCAUCCUGACUCUGUAAACCUCAAUGACCAUCUUAAAUCAAUUUGAACUUCUGAAACAAUCAUCUUUUCUUUCUGAGGAGUGCAUCAUGACAGCAAAGAUCUUUUUCCUCUUCUUACACUUUGUUUUCAACGGCCGUGGUGGACUGUUCUUUCCCUUGACUACCUUUGUAAGCCAUUGCCUCUGUAACCUCUGAACUGGCGGGUAAGGGGAGGCUUUAGUCUCACCACUGCUGGCCCAUGAUUGACCUCAGCAGAGAUGGUAAAUUUUCCUGUAAAAGUCAGUCUUAUCAAUAUGAGAUGAGGAUAUUUAACCCUUCACUACGUAACCUCACAGACCAUUAACCACGUCAUACUUCUCUUCAGUGUCUCUCUAUGAUACAUUACAUCUUACUGGACAAUUACGGGGACCACUUCCCACAACUUUUGUAUACUGACUGCAUUUUGGAUCAUGUUAUGUUCAAAAGCUGAAGAACUUGUGCCUGUUUUUCAAAUGACGUCAUAAUUUAUGCUUGUGGAUCAUUGAGUGUGAGUUGAACCUCAAAUAUUCACAGGGUCAAGUGCUACAUUGUAGUCAUUCAGGAAAUUGGAGACAUUUUUCUCAGGUCAACGCUAGUGACGGAAACACCCAUCAAGGAUCUUUGCCAACUUAUUCCUGUAUGUAUAGUAGGUUAAACAGGAAAUGCAGAUGGAAACACCGUUUGCUUAGCUAAUACAGUAUUAAUCCUUGUAUCAAAAGUCAUGUCAAGCAAUUCAAAAAUUUAUAAUUUAGCGCUGUGUUGUCUGUGGAAAUGCAACUGUCGACAUUUGAAAUAAGGAUUAGUUGUGGGCCUUUUUAAAAAUGACUUGUCAUAACAACAGCAUCCAUAGCCUAGCGGUGCCUCCCAUGAAGUAACAUGUACAUUUGGAUGAACAAAAUGACAUUGAGGAAAAAAAGUUGUUACAGUUCUGUUUCAUUUGUUUAUUACUAAAAUGAGUUGUAUGGCGCUGUACAGUCAUUUCCCACA